ACUUUUUUCUUUCCCUGUACACGUUUCUUUUUAAUUUUUGCAUACUUUUUUGCUCAAUUUAUUGAAUUUUCCUUUUGUUUGCAUUUAUUCCAUUUACUACAUCAUUAUUUCCUGCAUUUUUUUGCAUUUACCAUUCGCAAUAACACGUCUACAGGACAUCCAUCUAUUUUUUUGUUUCUUUUUGGCACUCUGGAAAACCUGUAUACAAAUUGAGAUUUUCAUUCCUUUAUAUAACAAACCAUUUUCCUGCCUACAAUCUAAAGGUUCUUUUUUAUAUUUAUCACGCAUACACACACCUCACUUUAUUUGCAUCCAUUCACUUAUUUCAUUUUACAUAUCAUUCGUACUUUUGAUAGCAUUGCACAAUCCACUCAUUAUCAUUAUUUUUCACUGCCACAUUUACUCAUUUACUCAUUUACUCAUUUUCAUUAUUUUCAUCACCAAUUUAUUAUUUUUCACAAAAACGCAAACAUGAAACUGCAAAACCUCACUCUUUCCAGCUCCAACGUUGAUCACGACAAUCUGCUGGCCAACAUAAACUACGACAAGAGCAACAAAAGUAAAAGCAGUACCGCCGAUAGCAACAAAAACAAAAUGCCUUUGUCGCCGGCCGCAGAGUGGGCCGAGAUUCCGCGAUAUAGCACCUGGGACCUGGGGAACAAGUACGCGUGCAGCCAAAGCACACUGGUCGCACGCCAGAGUCUCGACUCCAAGGACCGGUCCGCGGCAAUCCCAACAGUCAUGCCCACACUGUACUCAAUGCAAAGCACCGUUGCCGAAUCGCAGGCGCGCGUGUCAUUCAGUCAGGAGACUGAAGAGGUGCCCAAGAUCUCAAUAUCUAACGAUUUUGGCAUGGGGCUGGGAUCCGAUUUGGGCCGCGCACACCGCAUGAACACGCUUUUGAACAACCCGGAGCUUAUUGAGCAAUACCACAAUGCAGCUAAAUUAACCGAUAAUACGGAGGUGCAGUUUGAAUUUGCCAAACAACUUUUGCUCUGUGGAUCGGCUGACAUGGCAAGCGAUCAUAUAUUAUUGGCGAGCGAAAUGGCAGACAGCAAGCUAGUCCGCGAGGGUGUUUUCUGGAUCCUGCAUUUGGCAAGCAAGCACUGCCACCGCGACUCCAGUUUUCUGGUUGGCCGGUGGUAUGAGCUGGGUAAGUACGGGUGCAAAACCAGUCUCCGCAAGGCCGCAAAAUUCUACGCCAUUGCUGCAAAGACCAAUCACGCAGCCGCACAAUAUCACCUGGGAUGUAUUCAUGAGCUCACACAGAAGCCGCGCAAAGCCAGGGAGUGCUUUGAGAAUGCGUCUAAGCGUGGGUUUUCGCUUGCUUCUUAUCGCUUGGGCAUGGCUUAUUUAAGUGGCUCUAUGGGUGUUUCGGCGGAUUUCAGCUUGGCGUGUUCGUUUUUGAGAGAGUCCUUGUUUCAUAUGUCUCAUCCUGUGGCUGAUGCUGGGUAUCAUUUGGCCUUGGCCCUAAUUCAGCUGCCGUCGUUUGACCGCCACUCUGUCUCGGAGCCUCAUCUUUACCUGAAGCGUGCGUGGAUGCUCGGUCAUUCUGAUGCAGGCGCUCUUUUACGCGAUAUUCUGCGGUAGUUUACCACAUUUUAAAUAUAUAUUAUUUAGAAAUAUUGGUUUGUCGUAUCGUUUCGGCACGAUUGAAAGCA